AAAUGAAAAACUCAAACUUUGACCUUCUCUUCCCCCACAAGCGAGGGUUUUAGAAGGGUUCUGGAAAAACGAGGCGGAGCUUGCACUCGACUCUUCGAAGCUCAUCAAUGGUGGUUUUCUGACCAUCAAACGCUAGGACAUAAAACACCCGAAGCACUAAUUUUCUCUCAUUUUCCGACUCCUCUUCAUCCAUGUUAAAGACCUUAUCGUCUUCGUGCUUGCAAGGCCGUUUUCGGAGCAUUGCUACUGUCUGUCCUCCCAGUGUCCGCCAUGGGGGAGUGUCAAGUUCGUCGUUGCUCCGGGCCCUGAAUUCGCUCAGAGGGUUGAAUCAGGAGAACCUUUAUUUGGGGCGGAGAGCCUUUUUUUGUUCGGAUUCGAGUGAUGGGUCAGAGCCGGGCGUUGAGGCGGAAGCGAAGGCAGUGGAGGCUGAAACGGAGGAGGCUGAUUCGAAAUCCUCGUCAGCCAUCGUCCCAACGAAUCCGAGACCAGAAGAUUAUCUGACGGUUUUAGCAUUGCCAUUGCCUCAUAGACCACUAUUUCCAGGUUUCUACAUGCCUAUUUAUGUCAAGGAUCCCAAACUAUUGGCCGCUUUAGUGGAAAGUCGAAAACGGCAAGCCCCAUAUGCCGGGGCUUUCCUUCUUAAAGAUGAACCAGGGACUGAUCCCAGUCUGGCAUCGGGAUCUGAAACAGAGAAAAAUGUAUAUGACCUUAAAGGGAAAGAGUUAUUUAAUCGCCUUCAUGAAGUUGGUACACUGGCCCAGAUUACAAGCAUCCAAGGAGACCAGGUUAUCCUUAUUGGGCACAGGAGACUUCGAAUAACAGAAAUGGUCAAUGAGGAUCCUCUUACUGUCAAAGUAGAUCAUCUCAAGGAGAAGCCAUAUGAUAAGGAUGACGAUGUUAUAAAAGCGACAUCUUUUGAGGUUAUUUCAACCUUAAGAGAUGUUCUAAAGACGAGUUCUCUUUGGAGAGAUCAUGUUCAAACUUAUACUCAACAUAUUGGUGAUUUCAAUUUCCCAAGGUUAGCAGAUUUUGGAGCUGCAAUAUCAGGUGGGAACAAAUUGCAAUGCCAGGAAGUUCUUGAAGAACUAGAUGUAUAUAAACGUUUAAAACUAACUUUGGAAUUAGUAAAGAAGGAAAUGGAGAUCAGCAAGAUUCAGGAAUCAAUAGCGAAAGCAAUUGAAGAAAAGAUAAGUGGUGAGCAACGCCGUUACUUGUUGAAUGAACAGCUUAAGGCUAUAAAGAAGGAACUAGGAUUGGAGACCGAUGAUAAAACAGCACUUUCUGCAAAAUUUAGGGAGAGGUUUGAACCAAAUAAAGAGAGAAUCCCAGCCCACGUUUUGCAAGUUAUAGAAGAAGAGCUUACUAAACUGCAGCUGUUAGAGGCCAGUUCGAGUGAAUUUAAUGUAACUCGUAACUAUCUUGAUUGGUUGACUGCAUUACCAUGGGGAAAUUACAGUGAUGAAAAUUUUGAUGUCAUUCGGGCACAAAAUAUUCUUGAUGAAGACCAUUAUGGUUUAACUGAUGUUAAAGAAAGGAUACUGGAAUUUAUAGCUGUUGGGAAACUCAGAGGAACUUCACAAGGAAAGAUCAUCUGUCUUUCGGGACCACCGGGUGUGGGUAAAACUAGCAUUGGUCGUUCAAUUGCACGCGCCUUGAAUCGCAAGUUCUACAGAUUUUCAGUUGGGGGAUUAGCUGAUGUUGCUGAAAUAAAGGGCCAUCGUCGAACCUAUAUUGGUGCCAUGCCUGGAAAGAUGGUUCAAUGCCUAAAAAAUGUUGGAACUGCUAAUCCUCUUGUUCUGAUUGAUGAGAUUGACAAGUUGGGAAGGGGACAUGCCGGUGAUCCAGCAAGUGCUAUGUUGGAGCUUCUUGAUCCAGAGCAAAAUGCUAAUUUUCUAGACCACUACCUUGAUGUUUCAAUUGACUUAUCAAAGGUUCUGUUUGUCUGCACAGCAAAUGUUGUGGAGAUGAUACCCAAUCCUCUCUUGGACAGAAUGGAGGUUAUUGCCAUUGCUGGAUAUAUCACUGAUGAGAAAAUGCAUAUUGCCAGAGACUAUUUGGAGAAGACUACUAGGGAAGCUUGCGGUGUCAAGCCUGAUCAGGUUGAAGUGACUGAUGCAGCUCUUCUAGCUUUGAUAGAAAACUAUUGUCGAGAAGCAGGAGUUCGGAAUCUUCAAAAACACAUUGAGAAAAUUUACCGCAAGAUUGCUUUGCAACUUGUGCGACAAGGAGUAACGGAUGAGCCUUCGGGUGCUGGAGUUGAGGUUGUGGAACCUGAUGAAGCUCAACCUGAAUGUGUUAAUGAAUCAAGUGUAACUGAGACUGCAGCUGAAUUAGUAGAGGAUAGCAGUAAAGAGAAGGCCCCUGAAAGCUCUGCAGAAGCUGAUACAGCACAGCCAUAUCCCUCAGCAGACGAAAUUCAAAGCCCCACUGACCAAACAACUGAUUCAAAGGAAAAGAUAGAGACUCAGAAAAUUCAAGAAAGUGAUGUAACCAGUGCAGUGGAAAAAAUCUCUAUCGACUCAACCAACUUAUCAGAUUUUGUUGGUAAACCUGUUUUCCAUGCUGAUCGCAUCUAUGAGCGGACGCCAGUUGGAGUUGUCAUGGGUCUUGCUUGGACUGCAAUGGGGGGUUCGACUCUGUAUAUAGAGACCACUCAAGUUGAGGAAGGGGAGGGGAAAGGUGCCCUUCAUCUCACUGGACAACUUGGAGACGUUAUGAAGGAAAGUGCCCAGAUUGCUCACACUCUUGCUCGGGCAAUAUUGCUUGACAAAGUGCCUGAUAAUCACUUCUUUGCAAAUUCCAAGCUCCAUCUCCAUGUUCCUGCAGGGGCUACCCCAAAGGAUGGGCCUAGUGCUGGAUGCACAAUGAUCACAUCCUUCCUGUCCUUGGCCAUGAAGAAGCCUGUCAAGAAGGACCUAGCAAUGACUGGGGAAGUAACCCUAACAGGACGGAUCCUUCCCAUUGGUGGGGUGAAAGAGAAGACAAUAGCUGCGAGGAGGAGCGACGUGAAGACUUUAAUAUUUCCUUCAGCCAACCGGCGGGAUUUUGACGAACUUGCGGCAAAUGUCAAAGAAGGCCUUGAUGUUCACUUUGUAGAUACCUACAGCGAGAUAUAUGAUUUGGCUUUUAGUGAUGACCAGCAUACAGAAAAAUAAACCAUUUUUACUCUCUGAAACGAGUCCAACUUUCGCAGGCAAACUUUAUCUUCGCAAACCAUUCCACCAAGACCUAAGCCAUUGGAAGUUGCAUGUCUUACCAUUUGUAACCGGGAUAUUUUUGCAGCAGAGGAAGAGGAAUAGUAACUUACUUCAAUAGAUGGAUCCAGUAAUGAUUCAUUGUUCCAUCAAUUUCUUUUUUUCUCUAUAUAACACUAAAACCACCACCACCUCAUUUGUAUCAAUGAUUCAUUUAUAGCAUUAUUUCUUGUGUUGGUGUACUAAUAUUUAUUGAUGCCUGAAAGAUGAAUAAUUAUACAAAGAGAUCCAAUGUUCUGUUCUCUCA